GUAAACUAAAGAAAACACAGAGAAAUAUGGCUUCAAGAACUGCAGCCUCCAUUGCCCUUCUUCUCUCCCUCAAUCUUCUUUUCUUCACUUUGGUCACCUCUUGCUCUUGUCCACCUGAUACGCCAUCACCCAAACCAAAAACCCCUUCUCCUAACCCAAGCAACCCAUCACCUACACCCAAAAACCCCACACCAAGCCCCAGCAACCCAUCACCUAACCCAAGAAACCCAUCCCCUAAGCCCAAUAAUCCUACACCAAGCCCAUCACAAGGAGCUUGCCCAAGGGAUACCCUAAAACUGGGUGUAUGUGUUGAUCUUUUGAAGGAUUUGUUGAGUGUAACAAUCGGUACCCCACCAAAAACCCCUUGCUGUAGCCUCCUUGGCGAUCUUGUUGAUCUUGAAGCUGCUGUCUGCCUUUGCACUACAAUUAAAGCUAGUCUUCUGGGCAUUAACCUAAAUCUUCCAAUUGACCUGAGCUUGUUGCUUAACUACUGUGGCAAGAAGGUCCCUCAAGGAUUUCAAUGUGCAUAA